UUCUCGGGGGAUUGGAGUAGCAUUGGAGUCGCUGACGCCAUCCCUUCCCGCCUCUGACUCUCAGGGAGCAUGCGCUUCCUUCCUCACUUCCUCUCAAGGAGGGAGAGAGAGUAAGGCUACGCCCUAGCCGACCCGAGGCCGGCUUCGCGUCACAGGAACUUCAGCACCCACGGGGCGGACAGCGCUCUCCUCCACCUGAAGACCUGACUUCCGAGCGCCCGGAGCCUUUCUAAUCCCUUUACCGGGUAGCCGCGCGGAGUUCCACCGGCCGCUGGAUCCCUGCCACUCUCCCUCCCCUCACCCGCCCUCCUGGCUCUUCCUGUUUUUACUCCUCCUUUUCAUUCAUAACAAAAGCCACAGCUCUGGGAGCCCGGCGCCGGGCUGCUUCUGAAGCCAAGCGUGGAAGAAUGGGGUUCCUGUGGACCGGCACUUGGAUUCUGGUGUUGGUGCUCCAAAGCAGCCCAAUCCAAGCUUUCCCCAAGCCGGGAGGCAGUCAAGACAAACCCCUACAUAAUAGAGAAUUAAGUGCAGAAAGACCUUUGAAUGAACAGAUUGCUGAAGCAGAAGCAGACAAGAUUAAAAAAACAUACCCUCCAGAAAACAAGCCAGGUGAAAGCAAUUAUUCCUUUGUUGAUAACUUGAACCUGCUAAAGGCAAUAACAGAAAAGGAAAAAAUUGAGAAAGAAAGACAAUUCAUUAGAAGCUCCCCACAUGAUAAUAAAUUGAAUGUGGAAGAUGUUGAUUCAACCAAGAAUCGAAGACUGAUUGAUGAUUAUGAUUCUACUAAGAGUGGACUGAAUCAUAAAUUUCAAGAUGAUCCAGAUGGCCUUCAUCAACUAGAUGGAACUCCUUUAACUGCUGAAGACAUCGUCCAAAAAAUUGCUACCAGGAUUUAUGAGGAAAAUGACAGAGGAGUAUUUGAUAAGAUUGUUUCUAAACUGCUGAAUCUUGGCCUCAUCACAGAAAGCCAGGCGCACACACUAGAAGAUGAAGUAGCAGAGGUUUUACAAAAAUUGAUCUCAAAGGAAGCCAACACUUAUGAGGAGGAACCCAAUAAACCGACAAGCAUGACUGAGAGUCAGGCUGGAAAAAUACCAGAGAAAGUGACUCCAAUGGCAGCAAUUCAAGAUGGUUUUACUAAUGGACAAAAUGAUGAAACAGUAUCUAAUACCUUAACCUUGACAAAUGGCUUGGAAAGGAGAACUAAAAUCUACAAUGAAGACAACUUUGAGGAACUCCAAUAUUUCCCAAACUUCUACGCACUACUGAAAAGUAUUGAUUCAGAAAAAGAGGCAAAAGAGAAAGAAACACUGAUUACUAUCAUGAAAACGUUGAUUGACUUUGUGAAGAUGAUGGUAAAGUAUGGCACAAUAUCUCCAGAAGAAGGCGUUUCCUACCUUGAAAACUUGGAUGAAACUAUUGCUCUUCAGACCAAGAACAAGCUAGAAAAAAAUGUUACUGACAAUAAAAGCAAACUUUUCCCAGCACCGUCAGAAAAAAGUCAUGAAGAAACAGAUAGUACCAAGGAAGAAGCAGCUAAGAUGGAAAAGGAAUACGGAACCUUGAAAGAUUCCACAAAAGACGAUAACCCAAGAGGAAAGACAGAUGAGCCAAAAGGAAAAACAGAAGCCUAUUUGGAAGCCAUCAGAAAAAAUAUUGAAUGGUUGAAGAAACACAACAAAAAAGGAAAUAAAGAAGAUUAUGACCUUUCAAAGAUGAGGGACUUCAUCAACCAACAAGUGGAUGCUUAUGUGGAGAAAGGCAUCCUUGAUAAAGAAGAAGCUGAUGCCAUCAAGCGUAUCUACAGCAGUCUGUAAAAAUGGCAGAAGAUCCAGGAGUCUUUGGACUGUUUCAGUAAACAUAGCUUAAAACACUUCUAAUUCUGUCAUUAAAGUUAUUUGACCCAAGGAUUAUUAGAAAGUGAUGAAAUUGCAGUAGUUAACCUUUUAGAAGUGGUUAAACAUAGCUUUCUUGCCAUAAAAACUGUCUGAAAAGUAAAGUUGUAUGUAAGCUGCGAUUUUGCAUAUAGAAUCCUUAUUUCCUUUUAGAUUUACAUUUUAUAAUCAGAGAUAUGUUGCUUUGGAAAGCCUGUCAUGGAUAGAACUUAAAAUUGAAGCUUCUUCCCUCCGUGUCACACCCACAGGCACCCACCUGAAGAAUUAGGGGCUUCUGUUUUCAAGGCAUGCUAGGUACCAAAGCACCUCAUAGAAUAUGUCUGUUACAAGAUGUUGUUUUCACUACCAGUUCCCUUUGGGGAGUUAAAAUAAAUUUACAUUUCUUCAAAGCC